CUCAGGGAAACCCUAUCGGCCCGGAACCAAAGGGCGGCGGAGCGAGUUCGCAGCCGGAGCGGGACGGGAGGGGACUGCCCACCGGAAGUGCCCGGCGGAGGGUUCUUCUGCUGGAUGUGCCAGCCGGCUGGGGGCUGAGGCCGAGGGAGCCGCUGAGGUGCGGGCUCGGCGGGAUGGUCCGGAGCCGCUCCAGGUCCCCCCCGCGGAGGGAACGUAGGCGCUCUCGUUCUGCAUCCCGGGAGAGGGAGAGGAGGCGACGGGAGCGUUCGAGGUCCCGGGAGAGGGACAGGAGGAGGAGUCGUUCCCGUUCCCCACACAGGAGGCGAUCCAGGUCCCCAAGACGGCACAGAUCCAGCUCUUCUUCCCCGUCCCGGCAGAAGGAAAGGCGAGAUGAUGAAAAGAAAGAAAACAAAGACACCAAAAGCAAAGAGCAUCAGAUCACCGAAGAAGAUAUGGAAGGCAAAACAGAGGAGGAAAUUGAGAUGAUGAAAACGAUGGGAUUUGCAUCCUUUGACACAACAAAAGGAAAGAAAGUGGAUGGCUCUGUAAAUGCCUACGCUAUAAACGUGUCACAGAAGAGAAAGUACAGGCAGUACAUGAACAGAAAAGGCGGAUUCAACAGACCGUUGGAUUUUAUUGCUUGAUGUCUAGUCUUGUUACCUGUGAAGAAUGCCCUCUGGAGCAUGAAUGGUUAACAUUUUACUGUCUCGCUAUGACUUGUGUGUGCUGGGAUCUCAGAGACAGGAACUCAGCUUCUCACCGUAAAAUGAAAUCAGCUUAUUUAUGAGAGUCCAGAAACACUUGCUUUGCCUCCUAGGAAGAGGGUAAAAAUGAUGCUUUCUAGAAACGUUGGAUUUGAAUGUGUUCAGGCCUGUUUUGGUCCCUGUCAGGACUUUCCUGUUAGAUGUAUUUUUCAUUUCUUCUAUGAGUUUUUUUUUUAAUAACUAAAUAUUGUCAGUUACAAUAAAAAACGGUAUAUAUCUACUCCCACCCCAUAAUUAAAAUAUGAUGGUGUUGCUCAGGAAUAAAGCACCGGAGUGGAGGCUGUUGGAGAUAUGUCUAGGCAAUUAUUUGCCCGUCAAACAGAGGGAUAAAUCACUCUGAAGAUAAAUCUGGUUUAGGGUUUAAAACAGAAACAGGAUUAUUUUGAAAGUGUGCUCAUGGGAGAAUCUCAGGGAGCCAUGCUGUCUAUAAUGUUGAAAGAGAAUUGUUUUCCUAAUUUAAGAUCUCUUCUCCCCUCCCCCCCAUCCUUACUUUUCACUUAUCCCUUUUCUUACUAGUUAAUAAUAAAAGUUGUCCAGAACUACCGAGUAGGAUAGUAUAGCAUAGUGUCAAAGGGUUGCAGUGAGUUUACUUACUGUUUUGGCUUGGAAAAAUGUACCGUGUUGGAAUAGUCUUUAGUUUUCAUAUUUGUUUACAGAUUUCUUACUUAAAAUUCUUCUUGAGGCUGAUUCUUCUCUGAGCAAAGUUUGGAGGUAAAUCUGGGUUAUAUUAAAGACCCAGAAGUGAAACAUUUAAUGCCUUCUGCUUUCAUUGUUUAUUAUGCAUCUAGAUUAUUUUUAUAAACAACCUUUUCCAAAUGC